UCCCCUUUCUUGAGAUAGAGUUUGCUCUUGUUGCUCCUACCUCAGCCUACCUAGUAGCUGGGAUUACAGGCAUGCGCCACCACGCCCGGCUACCUUUUGUAUUUUUAGUAAAGACGGGUUUUCACCAUGUUGGUUAGACUGGUCUCCAACUCCUGACCUCAGGCGAUCCACCUGCCUCGGCCUUCCAAAGUGCUGGGCUGCUGGGCGUGAACCACUGCGUCCGGCCCAACCCCACGUUUUCUCAGGAACUGGAGUUCCCUUUAGAAGGCAAGUUACAGGCGUGCUGGGCUGCCCCGGGCCGCUAGGUCGUCUUCUUUCCCAGGCUCCGUGCUCUCAUCAGAUUGCGCCUUUCCAGAAGCAGGGAGAGGACCAGGGAAGACCCCUGAGUCGGAGAAUGGGCACCGGCCGGCGGCAGGGCCCAGAGAAGCAAGGAACUCCGUAGCCCGCCGGUGGUCAGCGCGUCUAGUCUCCCGUCCCAAUUCAGGGCUUGGCGAGGUGACUCGCGGUCGUGGGUGACUCGCCGGCAGCCUUCCUGCCCCGGCCUGGAACGCCUCCCUCUACAGACGUCUGUCCGCCUCCAGCCGCUCUCCUCUGACGGGUCCUGCCUCAGUUGAGGGAAUGGCAGCCACAGAAGCCAAAGCAGAGAAACCUGAAAGUCACAAUGAUUGCCUCGUCAGACUUUCAAAUCCAAACAUAGCAUCAAUGAAAGAAGAUAUUCUCUAUCAUUUCAAUCUCACCACUAGCAGACACAAUUUCUCAGCCAUGUUUGGGGAUGUGAAGUUUGUGUGUGUUGGUGGAAGCCCCUCCCGGAUGAAAGCCUUCAUCAGGUACGUUGGUACAGAGCUGGGCCUUGACAGCCCAGGGAGAGACUAUCCCAACAUCUGCGCAGGAACUGACCGCUAUGCCAUGUAUAAAGUAGGACCCGUGCUGUCUGUCAGUCAUGGUAUGGGCAUUCCUUCUAUCUCAAUCAUGUUGCAUGAGCUCAUAAAGCUGCUGUACCAUGCCCGCUGCUCCAACGUCACUGUCAUCCGCAUUGGCACUUCUGGUGGGAUAGGUCUGGAGCCUGGCUCCGUGGUCAUAACAGAGCAGGCAGUGGAUACCUGCUUCAAGGCAGAGUUUGAGCAGAUUGUCCUGGGGAAGAGGGUGGUCCGGAAAACAGACCUGAACAAGCAGCUGGUGCAGGAGCUGUUUGUGUGUUCUACAGAGCUAAGCGAGUUCCCCACAGUGGUGGGGAACACCAUGUGUACCUUGGACUUCUAUGAAGGGCAGGGCCGUCUGGAUGGUGCUCUCUGCUCCUACACAGAGAAGGACAAGCAGACGUAUCUGCAGGCGGCCUACACAGCUGGUGUCCGGAACAUCGAGAUGGAGUCCUCGGUGUUUGCCGCCAUGUGCAACGCCUGCGGCCUCCAAGCGGCCGUGGUGUGUGUCACCCUCCUGAACCGCCUGGAAGGGGACCAGAUCACCAGCCCUUCUAAUGUGCUCGCUGAGUUCCAGCAGCGGCCGCAGCGGCUGGUGAGCUACUUCAUCAAGAAGAAACUGGGCAAGGCCUGAGCACUGCCCCGAGCCUCCGUAGACCUGCUGUUAUCACUUGCCAUUAAAAGCAUUGUCCAAA